AAGAGAAAUUAUUAAAUGUAAAUAAUCGGAUUGAAGAUAAGCUAGAUAAGGUUAUCAACUGUUACUUUCCUUCAGAUUUUGUCUUAGCUAGCUGUAUGUAGCUCACAGGCAAGCAGGAUCAGCAUUACUGUGAGCAAGAAGAAGAAGAAGAAGAAGAAGAAGAAGAAGAAGAAGAAGAUGAUGUUAACUCUUGCAGUGGGUUGUUCAUCAGCUGCUCUGGCGCCCAUGGUUUCUGCACUUUCCACCUAUGGCAAAGCCUUGGUUCACCUUCCAACUACACACUUUGGCUUCAAAGGAUCACAACUGCCAUCGCAUCUCUGCAUCCCCACCACACCCAUUUCCUCUUUUAAGAUUGCUGUUGCCACUGUUGACUCAAAUGAACCCAGUUCAUCCUUUCCGAAUCCUCCUGACAAGCAAGAAGCCAACAAGUACUAUUUUGUUGUUGCAAAUGCAAAAUUCAUGCUGGAUGAAGAGGAACACUUUAAGGAGCUCUUGUUUGAACGCCUUCAUAAUUUUGGAGAGCGUAAUAAAGAGCAGGACUUCUGGCUUGUGAUUGAGCCCAAGUUCUUGGACAAAUUCCCUAAUAUUACUAAGAGGUUAAAGAGACCUGCCGUUGCUCUGGUGUCAACUAAUGGUCCAUGGAUCACGUUUAUGAAACUAAGAUUGGACCGGGUUUUAUCUGAUAGCUAUGAAGUUGAUACUCUAGAAGAAGCUUUAGCCUCCAACCCUACCACCCUAGAGUUUGAGAAGCCAGAAAAUUGGGUGGCACCAUAUCCAAAAUAUGAAUAUGGGUGGUGGGAACCCUUCUUGCUUGCUGGAUUUAAAGAAUCAAAAGUAUAGAGCACUUCCUUUUCAUUUUGGCUACAUUUUUUUUUAAUUCUUCUUUUUUUUCCUUUUCAUUUUACCCCUUCCAAUUUGUGAGGUUUUUUUAAUCCAUUAGCAACUGUUAGCCUAAGCUGCUGUUAUCAGCAUGCAACUAUGUGCGAGUUAGAUGGUUAGCUUUGAUGGUGGCACCAAAGGCUUCUAGAAAUUCACAUUUGAAUUCUGAAGAGAAUGUAAUAUGCCAAUGUCUAUAUGAGUAGCAUUCUACUGUGUAAUCUAAUCUGGUAAAAAGUGGCACAAACAAUCUUAGAGCUUAUACGUGAAGCAACACUUUCCACUAAGUUAAUUAGCUUCAAAUCUUCAUGAA